AUGAAGCUAAAGCCAUCAUUGGGAUUCUUUGGCAGUAGCAGUAGUAACAGCAACAACAGCAACAACAACAACAACAACAAUAGUAAAGGCGACUCUGAUAAACAAUCAACAAGACAAUCUGUUAAACGUGUGGACAGUAUUUCAAAGUACAAGGCCAAGGGUAUAUUGCGAGGCAAGGAACUACAACAACACCAACAUGAUUCCGACAGUGAUGAGAGUUCCGAUGAUGAGCCACCAAACUUGUCAUCCAAAGCCCGUAUCUCCACCACCUCCAGCGUCUCCUUUAACAACACCACCGCCACACAGACCACAACCAACACCAAUGGAAGUGGUGCAAUGAGCCAGAAACAGAUAGCCACCGAGGCUAUCGACACAAUCGCACAUAUUCUGGACAACAAGAACAUGAACCAACCACCAAACAACUCUUCUACUUCGUUAAAGAUGAUGUUUGAGCAGCAACAGCAACAACAGGACCCAAGGACCAGAAGUGACUCACUCGACUCUGACGACCCUGACUUUGGCUAUGGUGACAUGCCCAUCUACAAGACCAUCUCCAAGACACCAUUAGAGCAAUUGAAGCCAAUCACCAAUCCCAUACCAAACAGACCAUCGAUCCAAGUGGACAUAUCAACCGAGAACGAACUGAUAUACCAUUCAUUGAUUGCCCUACGAACAUCUAUCAGAAUUGGCAGUGAUGCCAUGACCUCAAUCAAUCAAAACGAGUUUGAAUUGAUCAAAAAGUACAAAGCAUCAAUAUCCGAGAAACGUACAACAAUCAAAGACUUUGCACCAAAUGUAUUCAAUGAUUUAAGGAAUAGACAGAAUAUUUAUCCUGCCACAUUCCUAAAGUCAUGGUCAUCAUAUAUAUCCAGUUCAAUCCAAUCUGCCAAGCCAUCAAACGCCUUCACAAUCUAUUCCUCUGAUAGAAAGUUCAUCCUAAAGACUAUCUCCAAGUCAGACUCCAUCAAGUUGCGUAAACUUCUACCUCAUUAUUAUAAUCACUUGGUAUUCAAUCCCAACUCUUUGCUCGUUAGAUACCUGGCGUUGUUCAGAGUGGAGAAGAAAUAUAAGCAGAACUUCUACGUUGUCUUGCUCUCCAAUGUCUAUCAUACUUGUUGCAAUGUUGACCAAGUCAUCUCUACAAGAAUGAAUGGUGAUGAACAUAUCCGUCACAAGCUAUCACAUCGCAACAUUCAUUUGGACCUCUCUGUAAAGCAUUCCAUCUAUCAACAGAUUGAAAAGGAUACCAUUUUCCUUUCAUCAACCGAGCUGACAGACUAUAACAUGGUGAUUGGAAUCAAUAGAGUGGAUUCAAAGAAUGAGCAAGUGGAUGAGUUGAUCAAGGACGCCGCUUCCAUCGAACCAUCAUCAUCAUCAUCAUUGAUCAAUGGUGGUGUAAUCAAUUCAGACUCUGCCUCGCCUACACCAAACACUCAAUCACCAUCUUUGGAUCAACUCAACGCGUCAGUGUUGUUGGAGGAGGUCAUUAGCAAUGGUGGCAGCAGUAGCGGUGCACUGGCAGCAGCCACUACUCCAUCAACACCCAAGACACCAUCGUCAUCAGCAUCAUCCCAACCAACAAACGAUUUAGACUCUUCUCUAGAUUGUGUAUCAAAUCAACCAACAACAAUAGUUGAUCCUGUAAAGACUAUUCCUAGACUAUUAUUCUUCAUUGAGGAGAUUGAGUGUAUUACAAAGGCCAACAAUCAUAAUAUCAGCAAAUCGUUGAAGAAGUCAUUCUUGUCAUUGCCAACAUCAUGGGCAUUUGAUGAUAACAACAACAACAACAAUACCAACGGUCAUCAGCCAUCAGCAUCACCAUCAAGCUUGGCAUACUCAAUGACCAGUAUGCCUUCACACAACAACAACCAUGCUCAUCAUCACUCAAUGCAGUUCUCUCAGUCUCCCAUCUCUUCCAGCCAGCUCAUUGGUCGCGACAAUGAGCAUCAACAUGGCAGGAAUGGUUUCUACUCUGAUCAAGGCCCUUCCAACGAGGUCUACUACUUUGGCAUCGUCGAUAUCUUUUCUGGCGCCUCAGUUGGCGACAAUAUGUACGCACCAAACAAUCCCUCGUCACCCUCGUCGCCCGGCUCGACAUCGCCUCUGUCAAUGUCGUCGAGCACCAUACCAAACCCCUUAUCGGCGUCAUCGUCCAGUAACAAGAGGUCCACACCAAUACCAUUCGUAUCCAAGAUGCGCAGCCAGCCCACUCAGAGCACAGGCUAUCACAGCCGCUUCCUCAACCAUAGCAAGAACCUCCUCUUCCUAGACACCAGCGUUCAAAUGAUCAACGUCAAGAAUCAAUUCAGAAACAGCGUGUGCAUAUCGACAAAGAGUGGAACGUUCUAA